AUGGCCGCCGUUCAACUCAAGUUUUCUCUCCGGACCUCGUCCAACGUCAAGACCGUCCACCUGGUCGGCUCCUGGGACAACUACUCGCGCCAACUGCCUCUUUCCGCUGAAGAGAAGCCCGGUGCCUGGGUCGGCAAGUUCCGCUUCCAGACCUCCAUGCUGCAACUCGGUGGUCGCUACUGGUACUACUACAUCAUGGACGGGUACCAUGUCUCCCACGACCCAGCUGUCGAGUACACCGUCGAGCCCACCACCGGCCGCAAACUGAACAUCCUCGAUGUUCCCGGUGGCAAGUCUAGCAGCGGAGCUCGCAGCGCUCCCAAGGCCCGCCGUGGCUCGACCGUUGCUACUGGCCGUGCUCUCUCGCCCUCCAAGAUCCAGCACCCAAAGCCAAGCAAGCCCUACGCUUCCCGUCAGCUCCGUGAGGCAGAGUACACCCCAACCGUCGACGACUUGACCCGCCGCUUUGCCGGCUCUCGUCUGUCUGAUGAGUACUCGUACUCCAACAGCCCGCCAUCCUCAGCCGGUUCCUCGCUGUCCUCCCGCUCGUCGGGCUCGACCUCGCCCUCGUCCCUGUCAUCCAUGAGUGAUCCCCCACUCCAGUGCCGCUGUGAACGCUACGGCAUCACCCGUAAGGGCGACCGCGUCAAGUUGGACUGCGGCGGCUCUCGCUGCGGUUACGUCACCGAGUCAAGCGGGGCUAGCUGCUCCGAGUCUGAGGAGAGUGAUGAGGAGUACCGUCGUGCGCGCGGUGGUGUUCGCCGCCAAGGCAUCGUUGUCCGCAGGUAG